UUGCUUGCACGGUUGCAGCCCAUGCGAUCUGAGCGGACGGAGAUGCGGAAACGGCAGAUGCCUGCAGCCCAGGAGACCACGGACUCCACGCCAGGCCAGCCCGGGGCGGGGGACCGCGGGUCCAACACCUGCUGCUUCUGCUGGUGCUGCUGCUGCAGCUGUUCCUGUCUUACUGUUAGAAACCAAAAAGAACAGAGACCCAGGAGGCCCUCCCAUGAACUCAGACGAGAAGAGCUUCCAACCUGUGAAGAAAGCCCAAGUCCCACUCUGGAGGAGGUCAACGCCUGGGCUCAGUCCUUCGACAAGGUAAUGCUUACUCCAGCGGGAAGGAAUGCUUUCCGGGAAUUCCUCCGGACAGAAUUCAGUGAAGAAAAUAUGCUUUUCUGGAUGGCAUGUGAGGAACUGAAAAAAGAAGCUAAUAAAACCAUCAUUGAAGAGAAAGCAAGGAUAAUCUAUGAAGACUACAUUUCUAUUCUUUCUCCUAAAGAGGUCAGCUUGGACUCCCGAGUAAGAGAAGUCAUCAACAGGAACAUGGUGGAGCCAUCCCAACACAUAUUUGAUGAUGCACAACUCCAGAUCUAUACCUUAAUGCACAGAGACUCCUAUCCCCGGUUCAUGAACUCUGCCCUCUACAAAGAUCUGCUUCAGUCCUUAGCUGAGAAAUCGGUUGAAGCAUAGGAUGUUAUCAAAUAUAUUUAUUAUUAAUAAAAUAAUAAAAGAACUGAUGGACUACAUCUAGUACAGGGAACUUAGAGGUAGUAGUACCUUCUGCUAGAGUAAUACUUGGGCUGUUUUAGUAAACAGAUGCUUGCUUUUACAGAAGACUAUAUAUUCACAAUGUAAACAGUGGCCACCUGUAGUGAUACUUUUGAAAAAAAAAAACAGGGUAUGGCUGUCUUAGAAAAAGAUAGGAUAUUUACAUUUACGGUCACCGGAGCAUGUUGUCAAUGGCAAAGGACACUCUAGAAGACUCUACUGCCUGGGGCGUGCACGUCCUCUGGAGCCAACCAGACCGCCUUUGUUUUGCAUGAGUGCAGUUAUCUGAUGACUCUCCUCCCAAGGAAAAGGCGUUCAAGUGUUUCUUAGCUACUCCUUCCUUCCGUCCAGCUGUUUUGAGUAUUUUGCUUCUCAGUGCCACCACAGGACCCAAAUUCCCAUUUUAUAAAGAUGUGUCACCACUACUCAUAAAAAUGGAAUUUCACUUUUAUCUUAGAAUCCGUGUAUGUAUGUGCACGUGUGUCUGUAACGGUUAAUGAAAGUCCUGUGCUCUUAAGUGGAUCGGUCGCACCUGUUUGGUAAGAGAAGUAGUGUUUAGAAAAUUCUUUUGUUGAAAAGUUAGCAUGAUUUUAUUAUCAGAAUCUGCCAACCUAAAGAAUGAAUUUUUAAUUCACAACUUAGUCGCGUUCGUAACAGAACUUUCAAAUGAGCAUAUUUCCAUUUUUAUUAUUCAA